AUUCACCUCUACUACAACAACGACGAUAACACACGACUGAGAAACAUGGAGAAAAUACAUGAGAACAUUUGACGAAGGAGAUCGAAAAAUGGCACAGACUUGCCGGAAAAUGAAGCGACAGCACAUCGACGCAAAUCUGUCACCGACAAAUACGCGAAAUCUGUUGGUUUUCGACGAGGAAUACCAGAAUACGUGAGGAUUUUUCUUAACAAUACCGCCACAGUCUCAGAAGAGGAGGAGAGGAAAGAAGUAAAAAAAAAAAUGGCUACGACUGUUGGUGCCGAUAAGGGUUCUGAUCGAACAGCGAUGGAGAGGUUCGGUAGCGGAGGGAUGGCGCUUCUGCCUUGGACCAAACAGAUGCUCACCGUGAUGUGGGAACAGCUUCGGCUGCUGGUUCAGGUCAUUUACUACACCUUCAUGUCAGUUUUCCAGAUGUUCAGGUUUGAGGUCCACGUGAGAAUCACAGACGAGACAGGUCAGCACAUCCAGCACAUGAGCACGGCGACAAACCCAACUGAAUCCUUCCUGUUCUCCUCGUUGUUUGACGGAGACAACGGAGUCAUGGUCGGCGGUUCAAAUCCCCUAUCUAACUUCUGUGCUGAUGUUGGUGAUCCCUUCACUGGGAAAUCCACUGCUGAGGCCCUGCUGUCCAGUCUGCGUGCUGACGACCUCUGCUGCGGACUAGUGGACGACUUUGUGUCUAGAACGGCUGGGAAAGAAGAGGGCAUCUUUCUCGGACACCAGUCCACCUGGAAAAUGGGCUUCCCUGGUGACUGGAACAUCUUUGUGUCGAACAGCGACGGCUCUGGUUCAAGCGAGGCCUGCCACAGAAGUGAGAAAGCCUUCAAACAGGAUAUUUCAAAGGAGAAAGUUUUCAAACAGGACACCUCAGAAGAGGAGAGAAGCUCUCACUGGAGUAGUGAGGAAGACCAGAACGCAGUAGAAUUUGACAGUGAGGAAAGUAAGGCGCUGUGGGAGUCUCUGUCAAAAUCUAGUGAUCCUUACAACCCCUUCUUUUUCUCUGCGUGUAUUUCAACAAACACAAACAUGGGGAAAAGUAAAAGCGAAGCAACAGACAGCAGUGAUACUGACCGUAUGUCAGUGAGCAAGGCCAGCGGGGAGAUGUUGGGUUCUCGAGCCCUGAAGAUCUGGGUCAGUCGCUCUGACAGCGAGAGCAGUUGGGCCAGUUCGGACAGUUCGAGUCCCGACAUUGACAAGGAGGAGAGCGAGAGGCUUUGGGAUUUCUUCAGCAGUCCUGCAGACCCCUACAAUCCCAUGUGCUUUAGUGCAUGCACAGUCAGCAGCGUGUCUCCUCAAACCACCACCACCACAGUCUCUAAAGAACAGGCCUCAAUUCGUGCACCUCACUCCAAGUCAAACACAGACACUGAGGAGAAGGAGCGCAGCUGUCCUCCAUCUGAGGACGAUGAAGAAGAGCACCUGUGGCGAUCUCUCUGCCAGAAGGAUGACCCAUUCCACCCACUCAACUUUCAGGCCUGCCUCCAGAGCUCCCCAAAACCAGCACUCCAGUCUGAGAAAGAUCCGGAUGCCCGUGAUGUUCACCACACGAAAAAUCCACCCACGAAGGGCAAGAAAUGUGAAAAAGAGGCAAAAACACCCCGAAAAUCCAGAGCCACCAAGCCCUCACUGCCAGAGAGGCGCCUAAAGCGUCAUUCCCAUCCAGACAAAACACUGGUGCCCUGGAGAAGACCUGGACAGACACCUCAGACACCUCCAGGGGAGACAAAGGAAAGCAAGACCAGCACCACCCAGAAAAAGGUGCGAUUUUCUCCUCUUGUCCAAGUCCACGUCAUGCGGACAUGGCCAUUCGCUCGACAGGCGUCUCGUAAAGGACACUGGGAAGAAAUGGCACGAGACCGGGACCGCUUCCGGAGGCGGAUCCGGGAAACGGAGCAGGCCAUCGCCCACUGCUUCACCCAGCCCCACAGAGAGAAGAUGCGGGCGUACCUGGAUGGUGCCUUGAAAUAAAUGAAAGUCCUGAACACUGAAUGUUUUAUUUCCUUUUUUGGAUGAGAACUUGUGAUUGGUUGCAAUGCAACAGUGAUUUUGAUUUAGGCCAAUUAGAAAUUUGAUGUUAGGCCAACUUUAAUGUUCGGUGUCAAGUUGAACAACCUUGUACCUCAGAAGGUUUUAUACAUUGUGUGACUGUUGCACUGAUUGACACUUUUCUCUUAUUAACCUCAGCAUUAAUGUGUGGAAUGUUGUUUUGUAUGCCUUAUAUACUGACCUAGUAAUGUAACUUAUUUAUGCCCUAUGGAGCUUGUUGUUUAUUUUUUACAGUUGGUUUUAAAUGUUUGUGUUUUUAUAUGUGUGAACAGACCACAGUGGUGAAUCUAGCAGGUACAAUUAGAUAAUGAUGAUAUCAUUAAAAGCAGAGCUCUACAGUACAAAGUGUUUUGAAAAGUUUUAUUUAAGCAUGAUGGAUACAUAUCAUAGAAGUCCUGGUGCAGUUCUUGUCUUAUUGUUCGAAUAUUUUACUUGUUGAUAUUUAAGUUUUUGCCUCGUAUUUUCUUAUAUGGUGGCACAUGAUUGCGAUGAGUGUGAAGAUGGAUCUCUUUAUGAUUAUACUGACUGAAAAGAUUCAAACACUUUGUCCUGUCUAACUUUGUCAUGGUAACAUCAGGCAGCUGAGAAUAUGUCCAAAAUCAUCUGUAGCAAAUUUGUCAGUAGGUGCUUUGUCAAAUCAAUAAAAAAUUGUCAUGCUA